ACUAAAAUACAUAAAAAUCAUACCAAACUUAAAAUUGGUCCCAUUAUUAGUGUGAACAUAUAAAACAUAUAAAGAUGAAGGACUACGCGAACAUUCUUUUGGCAUGUGUUCUGGUAUUAGCCCUUGCCAACAUCAGCAGAGCAGCUGAUGAUGAAGGAGAUACAAAAGAUCGUACAUUGCUCCCCUAUCAGAAACUUCUUGAAUCCAUCAUAUAAUCCGUCAUAUAAUCCAUUAUGGAGCAGAUUGAUAAAGUCAAGUAAAAUAGUGAAACCUGAUGGUGAACCAUUGAGAGAGAACAGCGUCGUCAAAACAGCCAGUAGGAAAAUCCGUACGAUAAUUAAUAAAGUUAUCUUGACCAUUUUGGACGCAUUGUUACCAAAGGAAGCAUUUGAGUUGCUCUACAAAAAUGGAGAUGCAAGAGAUCGUGCGUUGGAGAAACUCCCUUCAACAAACGUAUUUUAUUCACUUAAUCAGCCAGGAUCAUUUCCAAGAGAUGCAUCAAAUAAUCCAAUCCUGCAAUCAUUGUCAAAGCGAAGUGAUGAAAUCGUGCAACACCCGCCCCUCCGAGAUCGUGCGUUGUUCCGUUUGAGAAAUCUCUUCAAGUCAAAUUAUUAUCCAGCACCAUAUCCAGGAGACGAAUCAAAUCGUUCAUUCCUGAAAUUAUUGUCAAAGCUAAGGGAUAAAAACGUGCAACGCCCGGUUCACCCAGCUAAGAGGAUGAUCAGCUUCUUCAAGAGGGUCGGCCUGAAACUCCGCCAACACGUUUUGAGAGUUAUCGCGCUCAUUUGGCACUCAUUGUGGCCGGAGGGCUUAAAUAAAGCAAGCUAUUAAUGUUCUGGUUUCAAUUGGAUGUAACUAAUAAUAAAGUUGUCGCAUUCAUAGAA